GACUUUUCCAUCUUCUGGAAAAUUUGUAGUCGUAUCUUUUGUCUUUACUAAAAAGAGCAUUCAAGAACAAAAUUUCUUCGAGAAAAAAACAAUUGAUUUGCUGAGUAAAAACUAUCGCUCCCACACAAAGAUGAUGACCUUCCAACUACCAAUAAUUUUGUUGCUGGCGUUUUCGUGGAUCAUUCCUGCUCGCACAACCAUUGGCGAUUGGGAAGCUUGUGGCGGAAGAUUAGAGCGUGCUCUGGAUACACUUCACAAAGAUUCUAGCAGAAGAAACAGACUGAAAGAAGAGGAGGCUGAUUUGUUUUAUCAACAAGAACUUCGUUCUGCUCCACUCGAGAUGUCAGUUUCCCGGAUUACCGUUAAAUUGCCACAAGGCGCCAGAGAUGUUGGGAAUCAAUGGGCACGGGUAGAAAAAUGUGUUUACGAGCCCAACAACAAUUCUCUUCAAACUCGAGUGAUGUUCAACGACUUAUCUGUCACUGGUUUGGUAUCAUUGAUGCCACGGGAUCAUCAGCCACCGAUAUUAGCGGAAUCUUGUAGAAUGACUCUGAGAUUAAGACGCGCAGGGGUUGAUUUCUUGACCAGCCCGAUUGCUCGUGGCAGAGGGCAAAUGCGUAUUCGAACCGAAUCUAGCUUUCUGGAACCAAGAUUCGCCUCCAUUUACGCUUACGGUUGUCAUCCUACGCGUUUAGACAAACAGAUCAAAAGGCAGGAUAAGUGGCCUCCGCUCCAUCCACCUCGAGAUGAGUACACGCUGCUGCCUGUAACACAUGGGGACGAGUAUGAGGCAGCAGAACCACGGCAAUUGAUAGGUGUUUCAAAGGAAGUGGAUGUCGUCAUCCCAAACGAAACUCGUCAGUCUCGCUUCCUUAGUUCACCCGUUGCAAAACUAGGUAUCUGGAGAAAGAACGUUUGGCUCACUAAGCCUUCGUCGCAGGAAAGGGAAGCCCUCGCAGAGUCCAGCGUUCUGAAAAAUGCUCCCUUGAGCAUUCUUCGGUUUCCAGGAUCUUUCGAAAGUAGUCAGGAAGCUAGCGAUCGUUCCAUAAGAAUCUUAAGAUCGGUGGAGACGAUUGCCUCUCACGAUUUUGCAAGUUCGUUGACCAAGAGGCCUACGGACAACGAAAGUGGCAAUUGCACCGCACGAGCGAAUAACUUAAAUAACGUAACCGAGAUAUCUUUGAAGAAUUUGAACGAUAGCGAGACAAAGUCGAACUUUAAGAGAGAGAACACGUAUCCAUUUACGCGAAACGAUGAUCCAAAAGAAACCAGACACGUGUACGUCGAUGAAGCAUUGGAUAAUAUCUUUCCGGUCGAUAUAGAAAAUGAUAGCAGAAGUUGGCAGUCUAAAGAACACAUUGCCAGAGAAAUGGAAGAUGUAUUUCUUCGCGGUGCCAGCCAAGCUUUGACCAGAUAUAUCGAGAAACAAUUACAUCCCGCCAUUAAGGAAACAUUGAUGAUUUCUAUGGGAUAUACCAUUAGUUACGGAUAACACACUUGUCUUUUUACACUUGUUAGCAAUUUUUAGGAGCGUGAUUUUAAUUCUAGCACAUGAUAAAGAAACCGAGGAAAUCUAAGGACAAUUAGAGUUACAAUUUUGUCAUUGAUGUCUAGUCUUAUCCUAAUAAAAUUGGAAUUAAAAUUUAUUUGGACAUUCAUGGAACAAUGUAAUUUAAACUGCGUAUUGUACCAGUAUACCUCUUCACAUAUUCUACUAUCCUGCUACCAGGAGUAUUCUCCGGAAGCGCCGACUCAUACAAUCCAUCCCCACCACACUAACCUGGGUAUUGAUUGAUCAUUUAAAACUGUGGGCGACGAAUCUUAUGGUCAUUCCACCUCGUCUACUUAUCGCGCAUACUACACUGCAGACCCUAGCUACUCAUCACGGUAGAAUAACAAGAUAGACCAGCAGGAAAAUAUUAUUUACAAUGCAUGUAACAUAAUUGUAAAAAUACUGUGUAAAUCUUGUAUUAAUCA